AUGGGAACCAAGCCAGUGCAUACUGGGUGUGGAAUAUUUGUAUUCCUCAGUGUAUUGCUGAUUUCUUUCACACCACCUUGCAAUGGAGGAAACAUUCUGGUGUUCCCAGUGGACGGGAGCCACUGGAUCAAUAUGAAGAUCUUGCUGGAGGAGCUUCAUGCUAAAGGACACAACAUCACUGUGAUGAGGGCCUCCACCAGCUGGUACAUCCCAGAAAAGUCUCCGCUCUACACAUCCAUUACCAUGAAAUUUGAUGAAGGUUUAGAAGACUUUUUUGAUGUCUACCUACAGGAGCAUAUGAGGGCGCAGAGAGAGGGGGCUUCAGCUCUUACUUUUUUCAAACUGACCAAAGAUUUCCUUUCUAUGAUUUCUGAGGCUCAUUCAAUAUCAGCUGUUGCUCUUACUCAAGUCUUUGAAGACGAAAAUAUGGUCAAAAGCUUAAUGAAUUCCCAAUAUGAUCUUGUUCUCACUGACCCAGCCUUAGCUACAGGGGUUGUACUGGCCAAGUAUCUCAAACUGCCCGUGGUUCUCAAUGUUCGCUGGAACCGCGGAGAAGGCCACUUUGUAAUAGCCCCCUCACCACUCUCUUAUAUCCCAGUGCCAGGAUCGGGCUUAACGGACAAAAUGAAUUUCAUCCAAAGGGUCAAGAACAUGCUUUUUCACAGCAUUAUAGUGUUCCAGCAGAAAUUCCUGGUGGGGCCAACCUAUGAUGCCAUUGAUAAAUACAUUGAAGGGGGCUGUGACAUCAUCUCACUUCUUCAGGAAGCAGACAUUUGGCUGUUCAGGUCAGACUUUGUGUUUGAAUUCCCUCGGCCCACAAUGCCAAACAUCAUCUACAUAGGAGGGUUCCAGUGCAAACCGGCCCAACCUCUUCCAGCAGACCUGGAGGACUUUGUUCAGGGUGCUGGGGAGCAUGGAGUCAUCAUCAUGACUCUGGGAACUUUGGUGAACGCUUUGCCCAAAGAGGUUGCAGAAGAAAUCGCCAGCAUCUUUGCCAAGAUGCCUCAGAAGGUGAUAUGGAGGCACAUAGGGGAGCGUCCCUCUACUUUGGGCAACAACACCCUGAUAGUGGACUGGAUGCCACAGAAGGACCUCCUGGGCCACCCACAGACCAAAGUCUUUGUAGCUCAUGGAGGAACCAAUGGAGUCCAGGAGGCCAUUUACCACGGGGUCCCUGUGCUCGGCAUACCAUUGUUCUUUGACCAAUAUGACAACCUUUUACGUCUGCAGGAGAGAGGAGCCGCAAAGAUCAUUGAGCUAGGUGAUGUUAACGGCCACAGUUUUGAGCAAGGUAUCAAUGAAGUGCUCCAUCAUGAGGGCUACAGACAGAACAUGCAAAGACUGUCACGUCUGCACAGAGAUCAGCCAAUGACACCCAUGGACCAGGCCAUCUUCUGGGUGGAAUAUGUGAUGCGCCAUAAAGGGGCUCCUCACCUGCGUACAGAGGCCUAUAAGAUGCCCUGGUACUCUUAUUACUGUUUGGAUGUACUGCUACUAUUGCUGACUGCAGCAACUGUACUGCUGCUCUCUGCUUUGGCCUUUUUCAGAUUUCUGUGCUGCAGAGGUAGAAGGACGACCAAAGCCAAACAACACUGA